AUGAUUAAGUCAACUUGGAGAUUUUAAUUUAUCUAAAUUAGCCAAAAUGGUUUAGUCUAUACUCAAACUGGCACACCAUAUUAUGUAAGUCUAGAAGUUUGGUAAGACAAACCAUACGAUCACAAAACCGAUAUUUAGUCAUUAGGUUGUGUGAUUUAUUAUGAAGCUCGUGCUUUAAAACAGUAUUUAUGAUUCCACUAUUAGUAUAGACCAUUUAAAACCAAAGAUAUGGAUAUUUUUGAUGCAAGUGCAUCCUUAAAAUAAACAAGAUUAUAGUAAGAAUUUAUAAAUUAUAAUUAAGAUAAACUUCUAUAAUAUUAAACUUACGAAAGUAAGCCAAAUAUUAUGGAAUUCUUUUAACAUAGAAGAUUUUGAAGAUGAUUUAUAAAAAUUAUUAAAUGGCAAUUACUAGAAAAGGACUCUAAGCAAAUAAAUCAGAGUUAAUUAAUCUAAAUUAUUCAUUUAUCUGAUAGUAAUUCCUUAAAUUAGUAUAACAACAAUCUCAUAGAAUCAAAUCUUAAGAUACAAAUGAUUCAAUAUCUCUAAAUCAAUCUAAUGAAGCUUUACAUCAAAUUAAUUAAAUAAAUUACUUAACUAGAAUAAAAAGAUAUUGAAAAGAGCUCAAAUGUUAAAUAAAUCUUAAUAAGUCUACUUUAAAAUAAACAAUUUAAGAUAAUAUCUUACUCCAGAUAGAAGAUUAAGAGUAUUCAAUUUUAAAAAUGAAAAACAUCAAAAAUAAGAUUCAAUCUAACCGUAAUCAUAAUAUAAAUAUCGUUAAGUAAAUGUAUUGCUAACUAUUUAAUUUAAUUUUUUUAAAAAGAUUUAUUAACGAAAUAAAGAUUUAAUUUUUUUGUAUAAAAAUUAUUAUAUUAUCAAUAUAUUGAAGGAUAGAGUGGAACAUCAAAAUCAAAUUAAUUCUAAUUAUUAUGCCAAAGAUGUGAUUUAAUCUUAAAUAAACAACAUUAUUCAUAAAAGUUACCAGUCAUCUCUGGUUCAUAAAGAUAAUAAAGAUGAGGAAUACUAUUUAAGAAAAAAUUCUUCUGAUGAACGCAAUUCUAGUAAUCAUUUUAAUAGAUCUAAAAAUGAUUUAGCUAUGUUACCUAGUUCAAAAAGACCGACUGUAUUGAUGAGAAUAAUUGAAGAACAUCAAUAACUAUUAUUCAUUUUCUAUACCUAAACUACAUUUUAUCUUUAAUGA